CCGACAUCGAACCUCCAGAGAAGCUCACCCCAAGCCCCCGAUUUCAACGUCCGCCCCAUCGCCCCAAACGAAGCUCUCCUGCCGGCGGGAUCAAGCUCGACUCGACCAUCUUUCGAAGAAGCGCAAACCGCAAACAUGGCUCAAGGAUACGCCGUCUUUAUCGGCCUCGUUGUCAUCGCGGCCCUGUGCGUUGCGUCGUGGUUCCUAGCCCCCAAGGGAGAAAACCAAGUGCUCUGGAGGUCAUCGCUGAUUCUCGCCAUCGUGAGCUGCUACCUGAUGUGGGCCAUCACCUUCAUGGCCCAGCUGCACCCCCUGAUUCAGCCGAGACGAACCGGCAUUCGCGAAGAGUACCUCGAUGAAUAG